GACCACCAUAGCUCAACGCUCCACAUCUGCCCUCAGAACUACUUCUCACCUCCCGCAACCUUCUCCGCGCAACCUGCAAAUCUUGUACGGGCCACCAAGUUCGAUUGAAUACUCAUUCGACUGAGUGCUCGCUCCGCGCUUCCCUCAUUAUGCACUCCGCGCUCGUGCGGCUCCAGAAUGUCUUCGGCUUCUUCACCACCGUCGCAUUCACAGUUGCCACGGUCAUUGCGCUGAGCAGCUUCAUAUCCCCGCAGAGCCCGAGUGCGAGUGUGCAGCUGCGGAAUGUGCAGGUAGUCAAAGGACGGCCGCACUACUACAGCUACAAGAAGGAGGAAUACGCGCAUAUCAAGUUCGACUUGGAUACGGACCUCCGCACCCUCUUCAACUGGAACACGAAACAAGUCUUCCUGUACCUAAAAGCCAUCUACCCCUCCACCCGCGCCAACGAGCCCGCCUCGGAAGCCAUAAUCUGGGACGCAAUCCUAGCCUCCAACUCGGCGCCCUGGCACCAAAACCACUACACGCACCCAGACCCCAAAUCCAAGCUCCCCAAGAAAUCCAAAAAAGCCUCGUUGGCAUCCAAAUCCAAAGCCACCUCCCCGUACCCCAUUGGCGAACUCCACCUCCCGAACCAGCGGCCCAAGUACCAGAUCACGGAUAUCACGGGCAAGCUGGGGAAUCGCACCGAUGUGGUGCUGGAGCUCGGGUGGAAUGUGCAGCCGUGGGUGGGCGCGUUGACGUGGGCCAACUUUGACAAGUUUGGGGCGUGGCAGGGGUUGCGGGGGGGAAGGAGCGAGGCGUUUGAUUUGCCUGAGGUCGGGGCCAAGGCGGUUAAGAAGAAGGAUUUGGAGACGGAGAAGGGGGCCGAGGGGUAUCGGUUGGAGGUGAAUGGGGAGCAGCCGCGGAGGAAGAAUGUGUAGGAGAGGAUGGGGAGGCUGAAGAUGACGGCGGGUGAAGUGGCAGAUAU